AUGGAAGUUGGUUCAAAGUUCAGCUUUCUCCGUUCCGCUAAUUCGGUGCUUGACCUCUAUACCGCGCUAGGUGGAUGGAUGCAAGUGGUCGUCGAGAAGAUGAUCAUCGAAAUUUUAGUAAUCAGCGUCGACCUCGACCCGAUUUUUGACCAAUCCGCGGCACCAUCUCCGUACAUGAGGAUAUCACCCAGGCUAAGUGUAGAGCAUUGGUUAAGAAACACAUGGGAGGGUACCAGUCGGAAUUCUCUGGUGAUUGACUCGGUUAAGCUUGCUACGGAGCUUUUGGCUCCCAAAGGAACUUUUGUCACCAUGCUCUUUGAGAAGGUUGAAGUGGAUAAACCACAAGCUAGUCGUUCAGCAUCAGUAGAAAUUUAUAUUGUGGGUUUCAAGUAUAAGGCACCUACUAAAAUUGAUCCACGAAUUGUUGAUGUAAAGUGCCUCUUCCAAGGAGGUAUGAAGAUGGAGACACAACAUUGUGGAAGGUCAGCUCUGCAGCAGAAUUUGGGGAAGAAAGAACUUGUGGAUGUUGAUAAUGAUGAAUAUGAUGACACUGAUGAAGAACACCAGUGGUAUGGUAAGCAACUGCAGGAGUUACUUGAUGAAGCCUACGAAAGAUUUGUAGCUAAACAGGAAGGAAGUACGAAGCAGAGAAAAUGUACAAAACAAGCCCAUUCCGAGGGCGAUAAACUCUUAGAGGCUGAUGAUGAUAAUAAUAUGUUUCAUUCUGAUCGAGACUCCGAUAAUGAUGGAGAUCAUCAGGUGAAUCCGCUUGUUGUACCACUAUUAGAGAAUGCACAGAGUCAGGAGGAGAUUGCAACAGAAUGGUUCAGUCAAGAUGUCUUUAUGGAUGUCGAUGAAAGAGAAGACUUGGAGAAUGAUGAUAGCGAAGAAGAAAUGUAG